GAGCGCCGACGCGUUCCCAAACAAACAGUUAACGACAAGCAAAUACGAUUAAGUUUAUUUAAUGCGCUAGAAAAACUCUAACCUCAACACAUCAACGGUUACUAAUUAAUUAAUUGAUUUCGAAAAGCGUUUAGCAUCGUCAUGCGGAAGGCGCAGUCUGCAGUGAAGAGCGCCGCCGACGAUAAAGCGGCGCAGCUCCGCGCGCUCUGGAAGAGGUACGAGCAUCACUGCACGCAGACUAACAGCUGUCCCAGCGCGGGCCUCAGACACGACAUCCUUCAACAAAUCGACAGACAGGAGCCUCUCAAAAAGAUAAUGCUGUCGUUUCCAGAUUGCGGGCCUUCAGACACCGUUCAGCCCAGCCUUCGGCCUCUGUUAAUGGCUCUACGGGACGAGCGUUACACACACGCACAAGAAUUCCACAUCUGGAGUCUGUCUCUCAAGCAAAAAGAUAUAGUCGAGCUGUGUCGUCUUUUGGAAAAGAGGGGGAGGACAGUUUAUCCCUUCAAAUCACUGGAGCUACUUGAUUGCAAACUAACUGAAGGGUCUCUGGAGCGACUGGCCAAGGCCGCAGUCAUCAGCUACCUCACCACCCUCUGCCUGGACUACACAUGCGUGGGCCCGGAAGGAUUGAAAGGUUUGCUGAGUGGAGGUUUGGGGGCCAGUGGAAUAUCUUCCCUGAGUUUGUGUUAUUGUAGUUUGGGUUCAUGGAGCGGAGCUCUGCUAGCUUCACUCCUCACCAACAGUUCCGUGAGGGAGCUCUACAUUAAUGGCAACGAGCUGCAGUGUGGAGGUGCCACUGAGCUCCUGAAACCUGUGGCUGAAAACAGCCAAAAAGUGGCAGAGAUCCAAAACAGGACCACAUCCAUCACAGAUGAAACAGAGUUGAUCUCCCAGAGGAGCAAUACCGCAUCUUCCAGACAAAAGAAAGCAAAGAGCAAAGGGAAGAAGACAAAGAAAAAACAAGAAAAAACCAAGAGUGGCCAUGGUGCCGCAGGAGGCCCGUGGCUGGAGAAGCUGCACAUGUGUGAUAAUUCCAUUGGUGGCUCUGGAAAGGAGGGGCUAAAUCAUCUAAAUCAAUUCCUGGAGAUCCUUUGCUUUAUAGUUAAGUUCUCUAGUUGCCUGACUGAACUGGAUCUGGGUGAGAAUCACAUUGGAGAAGAUGGUGGAAGAAGGCUUUUAGAGGCCUUGAGAGAGAGAAAAGAAGCUAAACUAUCUCCAAUAAAAAUCCAGGUUUCAACACGCAUGUCCACAGAAACAUUCAGUGCCAUUUUGAAAAGCGCAAAGGAACUUAAAUCUGGGAAAAAGAGAAGAAAGCCUAAGGUGCAAUAUAAGAUUAUGUGACGCUACGACGCACUUAUAAAUGUGGCAUCUGUAAACAGAUUAUGCUUUUCUCAGAACUGGCUUCUCUUUUUGUGAGUCAUUUAUGCAAAAUGUUUCUAGUUACGAGGCUUCAAAUCAUUUUGGGGACAAUGUAAUGUCUUAAAAUUUCAAGAAAAUGUAAUUGAAUUCAUGGAAAUACGAAUUUCUGUCUGCCAUAACGCUCAUAACUCUCUUUAUUUUAUAAUUCCUAAAGGGAAAAAAGAAGUAGUCCGUCUGGAGGAUAUUGAAGGAUAUUGCUGACUGACACAAGAAUGUUUUUCCAGACUAUUUUGCCAUGUUUUCAAUUUGUCGCCACGGUUUUUUUUUAGAAAUCGUCUUCUUUUUAUGUGGUCUGAAUUGGGGUUUGACAACAGCCGUGCACCAAAUGUGACUCCCAGAUUAUGAUCCACUUCUUCGCCAGGGGUGCGCUAACAGGGGUUCGGGGAACAGAUCUGAUUUUACGUCGCCCCAUUGGGAGCUUGAGAUAGCACGAGGAUGUUUGUUCUUAAAGGAAUAGUUCACCCCAAAAUGAAUAUAAUUCUCGAGCAGUUCCAAACCUGUAUACUAGGAAAAAACACUAUGGAAGUCAAUGGUGAAACAGUAUCUUCCUUUGGGUUCAGAAGAACAAAGAAAUUCAUACAGGUUUGGAAAUUACUGGAGGGUGAGUAUUUUUGGGAGGACUGUUCCUUUAAGUGCUUAUUUCUUGUCCCUUCUAGUGCAUACUUUCUAACAGAAUGCUAUAGCAGUCUAAAACAUAAAAUGUUUAUAUUUCGCAGUAAUGUGAACGACCGAGCAUUUAUUAGUGUAUUAUUUUUGUUAUAGAAAGAGCAGAGUAGAUAUGUUUUCUGGUAAAUUUGGUUUUGUCUCCACCCUGUGGCCACGAAUGAUAUUGAACCGUUACAAUCUACAGCCUGUUUCUGUCUCUGUGGUACAUCACAAAAUAUUGUGCAUAUAAACAUGAAAUAUGACUGCGAGUGUCUGUAUCACAUUAUAAGGAACGCCUGAUUGCAUGCCUUCAAAUGUUGCAAAAUAAUGGUGACAAAUGAUGUACCAUAACAAACUAAGCGAAUCAAUAGCAAACCUGAUUUAAUUAACUUGACAGACAGAUUUUUGCAUAUGCUUGGAGUACAAAAACAAGUUAUUUAGUAUUAAUAAACUUUUUUAUUGAUUGCUUUACUCGCUGAAAUGCAAAUCUUUGUAAAUCAAAUCGUUUUAUUCUUCCUGGUUUAACCGUAGUGAAGUUUUGGUUAUAUUUUAAUGCUUAAAUCUUACAAUAAACUGU